GGUAAAUCCGCCACAGCGCUCAUAUGCAAUUUCGGGUCAGUAACUCGCAAAUAGUCGAAAAAUGGCAAGCGGAGCAUUUCAGCCUGGGACGGGUGUGGCUCCAGCCACCCUAGUGGAACUCUCUGUGUCUUGCAGAAAAUUGAUUGAUGCAGAUGUGUUUUCCAAGUCAGAUCCAAUGUGUGUUCUCUUCACCCAAGAUCAAAGCAAGAAUUGGAGAGAGUUUGGACGAACUGAAAUCAUAUGGAACAACCUUAAUCCAGAUUUUGUCAAAAAAUUUGUGAUGCAUUACUAUUUUGAACAAAGUCAGAAGCUGAAGUUUGAAGUAUAUGAUGUGGAUUCAAAGAGUGCAGAUUUAUCUAAGCAUGACUUUCUAGGAAGAAUGGAGUGUUCACUGGGUGAGAUUGUGUCAGCUGGAAGUAAAUUUAUGAGAAGACUUGUAGGACCAAAGAAAGACAGUGGAGUAAUUAUAGUCGGAGCUGAGGAGCAGAGCAGCUGUAAGGAACAAGCAACAAUGCAGUUUUGUGCCCACAAGUUGGACAAGAAAGAUUUCUUUGGAAAAUCAGAUCCAUUCUUAACUUUCUACAAAACUAACGAGGAUGGUUCAUACACAGUGGUUCACAGAACAGAAGUUAUAAAGAAAACCCUCAACCCAACAUGGAAACCCUUUACAAUUCCUGUACGCUCACUGUGUAAUGGGGACUAUGACAGAACCAUCAAGAUAGAAUGUUAUGAUUGGGACGCUGAUGGUGGGCAUGACUUUAUCGGAGAAUUUAUGACCAACAUGAGAGAGUUGUCUAGAGGUCCAAGUCCACAGAACGUUUUUGAGUGCAUAAAUCCAAAGAAAGCACAGAAGAAAGGGGAUAAAUACAAGAAUUCAGGAACAGUGGAGUUAAUGAGUUGUAGGAUAGAGAAGGUGUAUUCUUUCUUGGACUAUGUGAGAGGAGGGACCCAGCUUCACUGUACAUUUGCUGUGGAUUUCACUGCCUCUAACGGAGAUCCCAAAUCUCCAUCAUCACUCCACUACAUAAAUCCCUACAGACCUAAUCCCUACGCAAACGCUCUCAGAGCUGUGGGAACUAUCAUACAGGACUAUGACACUGACAAGUUGUUUCCUGCUCUGGGAUUUGGUGCCAGACUUCCUCCUGAUGGAGUUGUUUCUCACGAAUUUGCUCUGAAUGGCAAUCCAAACAACCCAUACUGUCAGGGAAUUGAUGGAGUGUUAGAUGCUUACCACAAAGCCAUUCAGUCUGUACAACUGUAUGGUCCCACAAACUUUGCUCCUUGUAUCAACCAUGUGGCUAAAUUUGCUUCUCAGAAGCGGGAUGGGAAUGAUUAUUUCAUCCUUCUGAUAAUCACAGACGGAAUCAUCACAGACAUGCCACAGACGUGUGAGGCCAUUGUUAAUGCUGCCUCGCUACCCCUCUCUAUCAUCAUAGUUGGCGUUGGUGAUGCUGACUUUGAAGCUAUGGAUAUUCUGGAUGGAGAUGAUGUUAGGCUGUCUUCCCGUGGUCGCUAUGCAGAAAGAGACAUUGUACAGUUUGUUCCAAUGAGGGAUUUCCAGGGACGAGCAGGAGAGAACCCGGCUACAAUCCAAGCCAUGUUAGCAAAGGAAGUUUUGGAGGAGAUUCCAGACCAGUUUCUGUCAUACAUGAAAUCUCGGAACAUUAAACCCAAACCUCCUCUCCAAAGGCAACUCACCAUUUCAUCAGUGUCGUCCCUUCCUGUAACGGAGCAGUGAACUGCAUACAAACAGCUUGAAAUUAGCUCGGACAUGCUUUUACAGUGAUUGUGAAAUAGAGGCAUUAGUUAGUGAAUUCUUACAGACUAAAAUUAUAUACAUGUAUGUAGCCUGAUAGCUGUUUUUCACAUUCAACCAAGUUUGACUGAGUAUGAUUGUGUAAUUAAUAACAUGUAACCUUGUACUUACCUCUAUCUAUGAAUUUUAUACCCUUGUAAUUAUACCUCUGUACAUGAAUUUUACCUAUUGAUAUGAUCAUACAAAAUUUACAUUUUAUUGUUAAAUGAAGUUGUGUUUUCUCUUGCCAUUCCUCAAUAGAACAAUUCCCCCCUUUUAUCUAGUUAUACAGCCUUUUUUCUGUAUCAUGUGUUCUAUGGGUUACAUGUAGGAAUAACAUAAAGUAAAUGUAGAAAUUCAUGGCAGACAUUUUACAAUGAGAAGUAAUUUUUUGCCAUAAUUUUAUGUCUUUGUAUAUAAUUUAUAUAGCAGCAAGAACAUUCUUGUAUCACAGAUAUACCUGCCACAUAUACAUGUGAUUUGUAUUAUCAACAGCACAAUGCAUUAUUCAUUUGCAGUAACUAUGAAUAAAAUCUAUCUAUUUCCAUUUUAAUUCCAUUUUUGGAAUACUAAAACUUAAAUUCAGCACUUAUGCUGGUCUUUGUUGCUUUUUAUUUCUUUGUUUUUUGUCAUUUUCUUGUCUUGUAUAAAAAUUUAUAUAUAUAUUAUUGUCAAAUGGUACAUUCGUUUUAUAUAAUUAUGGUUGAAUUAUUGGGAUUUUUUUUUUCUGUAAAUGAAAAGAUUACUGAGUAUCAGUAUUGAAUCAGUAUUGACAUUUGGAUCUUGAACUGUUUUUAUUCCCUUUGGUUUGAAAAAAUUAAGAGAACAAAAUAAAUUUUCAUACUGUAUACGGGGUUAUUUUUACCCUGUUUUAUUUUCGCCCUUUCACAUUUGCAAACAACUUUGUCCCUUUUUAAAUCGCUCAGACACAACUGUUUCAAAGAGAUAAUGUUGUCUUCUUUGAUAUGUUUGAAAAUUUGCCCACAUGCAUCAAGGGAGAAAGAGGCGAAAAUAAAUCUGGAACAAAUAUUUCCCUGUAUACAGUAAUUACAAGCUAGGUGUAAAAUAUUAUUCUUGUAUUUUUAUCUGGAUUGAGAAUCAUAAGUGGAAAUGUCUACACAUGUAAUACUAACACAUGAUAUAAAAAGUACAUAAUUAAGUUGAUACAAGUUUGUUAUUAAUAUUUGUAUUUAUUGUCUAUGAGCAAUAAUGUACAUAUUUAUUAUUGUUAUUUUAUAUACCCUGUAGCGUAUUGCUUCUAAUUUACUGGUGCUUAUGACUGUUCAUUGAAAAUUUUCACAAAUUUGGUAUGUAUAGUACAUAAUUAUACACACUUCUCCAUGAUAUUAUAUCUAUGUAAUUUGUGUUAUACAUAUUACAUAAUUAUCAACCACUUUCUGUGACAUGAAAGGAAUAUGGAUGUUUUUUAAAGAAAUUAUUAAAAUAUGUAUCUGAAGAAUCCACAUAAUUUUUCUGAGCCAAAUUGUAGAUGACAAAUUGUUUUAGGUUUUUUGAACAGAGAUCACGGCCAUAGUAAAUAAGUUUAAGUGUGGAAGUGUAUCAUGUUUAAUGUGAAAUGCAGCAUACAGAUACCUUCAACAAUCUUUGUCUGGAACUAGGAAGCAAUGAACUGUUUUUUGGUGUGUGUUUGUGAGCCAGGAUUGCAUAAUAUAUUUUUUAGUCAUAUAAUUUGUUUUAAUUUUAGUGUUUUACUAGGGAGGGGGUGGGAAUGGGCAUGAAUGGGGAUCUAUGUGUGCAUUACAAGUCCCUACAGCAUAUCAUUUGUUUUUGUUGGGUUUUUUUUUCUUUCUUCUUCUUUUUUUUUGACCAAACAUUUUUGUACCUUUGUUUUUGGACUCAUGUAUACAUUUAUUCUUGUGAAAUUUGAAUAUUUUUAACAUGAAGGAAUUUCACAUGAAUGAUUAAAAAAUUGACAUUGAUUUGAUAAUCGUACUCUGGUUCCAUCAGCAUUAAAGAAAUGGAUUUAUUUUAAUAUUAGUAUUGGUAUCUACCUAUCUGUGAGUAUAUAAACAAGAAAAUCAAUAGUUUUCCAAUAUUGUUUGUUUUUAACCAUAUACCUUUGUCAUCGUAUGCUAAUAAUUUAUCUUGUUAUAAUUUUUAAUAAAAAUAUUUUUUCUCCCAA